GGGGGGACCUUCCUCUCCAUCUGCUGCUCUCCAAAACUCAAGGUGACGAAGCGUUCGAUGAGGAGAAAGAAGACGACGGUGAUGAUGAUGAUGAAGGAGAGGGAGGCUCUGCACAGCUCUCGGCCUCAGUAGAGGCUUCUUGUCUUUCGACCUGCUGUCCUUCACCUUCACGCCACUUCCUCUUCUUCCCGCCCACCACCACCGCCCGCCAGCAAGGAUGACUGUGGUGUCCACGGAGAACAUGGACGAGACCUCCACCCUGCCGGGCCACCCGCAGGACCUGUACCCGCCCGACGACGACCACGACGACCACGACUGCUGCGAGCGGGUGGUCAUCAACAUCUCGGGCUUGCGCUUCGAGACGCAGCUGAAGACGCUGGCCCAGUUCCCGGAGACCCUCCUCGGGAACCCCAAGAAGAGGAUGCGCUACUUUGACCCUCUGCGAAACGAGUAUUUCUUCGACCGGAAUCGGCCGAGUUUCGACGCCAUCCUGUACUACUACCAGUCCGGCGGGAGGCUGAGGCGGCCGGUCAACGUGCCGCUGGAUAUGUUCUCGGAGGAGAUAAAGUUUUACGAACUCGGCGCGGAGGCCAUGGAGAAGUUUCGCGAGGACGAGGGAUUUAUCCGGGAGGAGGAGCGACCAUUGCCGGAGAAGGAGUUCCAGCGGCAGAUCUGGCUCCUCUUCGAGCAUCCGGAGAGCUCGGGUCCCGCCCGGGGGAUCGCCAUCGUCUCGGUGAUGGUUAUCCUUAUUUCAAUAGUCAUAUUUUGUUUGGAGACGUUACCGGAGCUGAAGGAGGAUCCCAACCAGCGGAUGCGCGUCGUGGGGAACAUCACGAUUUACUACAAGCCGAACGUCCUCACAGACCCGUUCUUCGUGGUGGAGACGCUCUGCAUCAUCUGGUUUUCUUUUGAGUUGAUAGUCCGGUUUUUCGCCUGUCCCAGCAAGGCGGCGUUCUUUAAAAACAUGAUGAACUCCAUCGACAUCGUGGCCAUCAUCCCGUACUUCAUCACGCUCGGGACGGAGCUGGCCGACGACCAGGACAGCAAGGAGAGUAAGGGAGGAGCAGGAGGAGGAGGAGGAGGAGGAGGAGGAGGAGGAGGGGAACAGGCCACGUCUCUGGCUAUUCUCAGGGUAAUCCGCCUGGUGAGGGUGUUCAGGAUCUUUAAGCUGUCCCGGCACUCCAAGGGGCUCCAGAUUUUGGGUCAAACUCUAAAGGCCAGCAUGCGGGAGCUGGGCCUGCUCAUCUUCUUCCUCUUCAUCGGCGUGAUUUUGUUCUCCAGCGCCGUCUACUUCGCCGAGGCCGAGGAGAAGGAUUCGUUCUUCACCAGCAUCCCCGACGCCUUCUGGUGGGCCGUGGUGUCCAUGACCACCGUGGGCUACGGGGACAUGUACCCGGUGACCAUCGGGGGGAAGAUCGUGGGCUCGCUGUGCGCAAUUGCCGGCGUGCUCACCAUCGCGCUGCCGGUGCCCGUCAUCGUGUCCAACUUCAACUACUUCUACCACCGCGAGACGGAGGGCGAGGAGCAGGCGCAGCUGCUCAACGUCAGCAACCAGAACUUGGCGUCGGACACCAACUCGAGCCGCCGCAGCUCGUCGGCGGUCAGCAAGUCGGAGUACAUGGAGAUAGACGAGGACAUGAACAACAGCAUCGAUAACUUUAGGGAAGCGAACCUUAGGACUGCCAACUGCACGGCGCCCAGCCAGAACUGUGUGAACAAGGGGAAGCUGCUCACCGACGUGUGAGGCGGCGACAAACCGACAACCGACGUGCUCCGCGGUGGUGUAAAUAUUGUAGAAAUAUCUCGAUGCUUUAUCUCCAUUGGUGCAUUUUAAUUCUUCUUUUGCAUUUUGAUUCAGACACAUUUACAAAACAAAAGAAGGUAGAAAGGCUCAGUUAGUUCAUGAAAACACAACGACAGACUUGUUUGGUAAUCACAGAGAUCAGCUGGUGUCGGGGGGGAAUGUUUCUUUGAUAUAUUAAUCAGUCGUUUUGGGAGAUUUGCAAGAGUCUAACGAAAGACAUAAGUCAGGACGUCUCGACUUCUUCUGCUUUGAUCAUUCCAAACUUACCAGACAGGAAGUGACAUCAUGUAAGUUAUUAUCAAGUUGCACUAUGGGAAAUGUAGAAACAAGUGUCUCUGCUCCAAAACUUGAGACAAGAGUCACUGUUGCACCAAUUUAUUCCGUUAUUUAAAAAAAUAUCUCUCGCACAUUCUCAAACUGCAGUCCUGAAGUGAUCUCGAGGUAUUCUGUCUUUGACGUCUCUGAAAAGGAAUUUGUAGCUUGUUUCACAUCAAAUGACAUGAAAACAAUCUUGUUUUUGGAGCUUUUCAUGGAUACAGACGGAUGCACAAGAGCGUCAUUUAACAGCAAAGAUUUAGUAAAUCAAAGGGAGUUCAUUUCCCUCAAGGCAAAUGUACUGGUGUAGCACCUUUCAACAACAGGAAAUAAUAAUUAAAAUAAGUUAAAAAAGAUGAAACAAGAGAAUAAUAGCAGUGCAGGAUAUGAAUACAAAGUCCCACAUUUAGUUUAAGAAAAGGCAGAAAAGUUUGAGAGUUGAAUAUAUAAAUGAAACGAGGGAACAAUUAACUCAUCUGACACCAGAAUUUAUCCACAAAUCUCCCGACACCGAGCUUUGUGCAGAAGACUCAACAACAAACAAACAACAAUUAGCUGAGAUCUGAAGAACUUCGUCACAUUUCCGAGUGGAUUACAGUGUUUUUUUUUAUGCGGCACAUCCAGGAACUUUUUAUUUUUUUUGGGAAAACUCAACACCAGAUGUUGACGGAUGUUUUUUCCAGGCACCUUAAGAACCAAACAGGAAGUGUGCCGAGCCUCGUGGAGGAUUAUCUGCUGCUGCUGCUACAGGUCGGCUGGAGGUUCCCUGUGUGACGCCAUGCAACACUCCUUUAUAUAAAGAAAGCAUGUGGAGACUCUUCUCUCUUAUAUCGGCAUGCACAAGACCUGACCUCAUUUUUACUUUGACAUGUUCUUCUCUUUGUCCCUCUCUCUUCUUUUAAAACCCUCAUCUUCUCUUCCUGGAACUUUUUCUCUUCAUUUGUUUUCACCAAAAGUGCACUGGCUAUUUAUUAUUAUUGUUUUUUAAUUAUUUUCAGAAGCAUUUACAUGUUGAAUGUUAACGCAUUAAGGGAACAGGAACACUUCUUUUUGGAAGAUCAUGGCAUGUGAACAAUACUAAAGCAUUAUGGCCUAAUUAGCUAUGGUAUAGCUACGUAUACUCAAUGCAUGACUACAGUAUUCAAUUGCUUGCAGUUGUGGAGGGACCUCGGGAGCUGGGGGAUGAUGAUGAUGAUGAUGAUGAUGAUGAUGAUGAUUCUCCUCAUUGUUGUCAAGCUAACGACGGGAUACGGUGCAUGACGGAGCUAUAACUGCCGGAGGGGACAAAUCUGCUAAAAAAACAAAAACAAGAAACAAAAGGAAAGGGGCAACAAAAAACAAGCAUCAGAAGAGACAUGUCUGAUGAGCUCUUUAAAGAAUCACACUUCAGAAAUAACAUCCUCUCAUGGAAAGCUUUGAUCUGUGAUGGUGGAGAGCGUGGGAUCAUUCUUUAUGUCAUUUGUGACCCAAUUUCUGUUCUUUCAUGCAUUUGACUUUUAAAAACAGUUUGAAGAAGGGAAGCAGACAUAUUUAAACAAAUUGCAUAGAUAUAUCUAAAAUUAGUUUCUAGUGCCUUGAACCCCGUCUCAUUAUAGAUUUGACUGAAGUGCCUCCCGAUACGACAGGAAACAAAGAGCUCAUACGUGCAGCUUAGCUUCUCCUGCCAUGAAGAAGCACGACUCCCUGCACACCUGGAAGAGAAGAGGGUUCAACCCAUUUGAUAGUGAAUUUAUUCCUUAACCUGGAGGCAGAGUUCUGGGCCCACAGACGCUCACAUUGGUCCUUGUUGAUGACACACGGCUGCAGUACGGUGAACAAGAUAGAGGUGUUGAAGUAUGGAUUGUUUGCAUGGAAAUUACAGAGAAACUAUGGUAUUUAUUUUAUACAUCUGCAGGUAUUAGCAUCCAUAAGCGGACAUUCCAAUACUUAGUUAUAUUCUCUCGUAUAUUAGUUCUUUUGUGGUCAUAAUGUAAAUGAAACUACUCAAAUGUUUGUUUUUAAAUCCAAACGAAGGCUAACAUAAAUUAGUGGAUUAACUAUUGUAACUACAGAGGGUCAAUUGAGUGGUCGGUUUGUCGGCUAAAGAAGCUAGCUGGUAGCUUAGCUAACUAGCAAACCACUAACCUUUCUCUCUGAGUUCAAAUGAAAGUAAACAGAGAAAUUAUCACAUUUGAUUAGCUAUAUUAGCUCAAUGCAUAGGGUCGUACUUAUGGGGCAACUAGACGGCUAACCGAGCUAGCUGUCUGGUUAGCUAGCUAGUGAACAACCUGUCCACUGACAGUGAAACCUGUUGAUAACCUUUCACUUCAGAUGACGUCUGAUUCCGUAGAAUAAGAUCGAGCUCGUCUGUGGACUCUGAUUCAGAUUAACAAGGUUCUAAAAAGCAAGUUGCUUGUGUUUGGAUUUGCAUAUAAAGAUUUGGGAUUUAUGUUCGAUUUAAGUUCAUUUGGAAACCUCCAGGAGAAUCGCACCUGUUUCCCAAAAGUGCAAAGUCAGCGUGAUUUAUUAGUCCGAAUGGCCACAAUUAUGGGAAUAAGAAAAACAUUAGAAUUCCCUCUAAAAUGAAGCAAAUCGGAUGGAAUAUUGUUACUGAUAACAAAUAUCAGUUGUAUAAUGUGCGGCCAUACGUAACAUGAAGUCAUAUUGUAAGGCUCAUUAUUUUGCCUGAAUUUCAAGUGUGACAGGUUCCAAAAACCUCCACGUCUCCCCAAAAACACUGAGGUCCCGCCCUCUUUACUGGCAGCUAUGUGGCUCUGAAUGCAGCACCAAACAUCUCAGAGGAUACAAGCUGCCACCGUCAGAGAAGCCUGAUCAGACACUGCCGUUCUCUGAACAAGCUGCAGCACACCUGCCCCCUCUCUAUGAAAGUCUGCUUGUGUAACCCUGAGAACAACGAGCCGUACACGUCUUCCUUAAUCGCUUCAGGCGUAUCAGGGAGGAGUUGGGGAGGACGGAGAGCUCAGUUGUGGAUGUUUUGCUGCAGAGAGAUGAAUCCCACGAGCAUUAGUCACUCUGCAGGCCAGCAAAAUGGCGCUGCUGCUGUUUUGAUUUGAGGAGGCAGCACAUGUCUGUGCGGUUACAGAUCGAUGAAUGAAUCUGUUCACAUCAUCCGGACGUAGAAGGAGAAGACGUGGACCUCAGGGUCACUCUGCUGGUGUUGAUCCUCACUGGUGACUCCAGCACUAAAUAUGUGCAGUUUGGUGACACUUCAAUACAAUUAUGGUUUUCAAAGUGUUGAUCCUGCAGAUUAUGAUAGAAGACAAUAUCAAUAUCAAUGUUGUGAUGCUAUGCUGAUCCAAUACUUGUACGAUGUACUAGAGAGUAUCACCUGAUCACAUGAUGAUUCAACACGUCAUGAAGAUCUCUGAGUGAACCGGGAUUCAGCCUCUGAAGCAGAAACACCUUUUCAUUUUAAAUUCUAGGAUUUGUUUUGUGUGACAGAAAUAAUGAAGAUUCACACUUCAGAGCUGUGAAAUCUUCUUGAUUGAAAACUUCUACACCGACUACGUUUACAUGCACAAAAGUUUAAGUUGUUUUGCCCCGAAUAAGACGAUGUUCUGAUGUUUACGAGCGAGUUCAUGUUCCUGUUUACUGAACCGUCGCUCUCUCGCCAGAUUUGCAGAACUAUGUUCUUCAGGCUUUUUCUGUUACAAGCUUUUCCAGGGACGGCAGAUGAAAAACAGCGUCUUGGCUAACUCCGCCGCAUUACAGGAAUGUUUAUUGAUAUGCACUGUCCCUUUUAAAUGAACCAAUACAAGCAAAACAACGCUGCCGUGCACAAGAACCGACGUACACUGUAAAACCCUGAUUGAGACGCAUAUUGUGAAUGUGCUGCGUGUCCAAAGAAAGCUUCUUAAACUCUGAAUCUAGAAACCCUGAUUCAGAACAUCCUGACAGUGUCUUGUGUUCAUGUGACCAUGAUCCCACUGGAUGUUGAGCAGCCUGUGGCGGCUUCUUGUCGAUGACUUUAGAGUGAGUGAAGCGCUUUUACGCCAGAUUUAAAAACAACUUUGUAUCCGUGUGGACGACGGCUGAAAGACUCGCAAUCAACGUUUUCUUGUGUUUUUAAGUCGCCUCGUGUUGUAAAGUAACGCUGAGCAGCUUCUUCACCUCGUUGCUCGUCCAUAUACGAGUCCUUUUUCUAUUUUAGAGUUUUUGCCACAGCGCCAAAUAUCAAAUGUGUAUGAAUAAGAAAUAAUUAGCUAUUAGCUUCACAUUGUUUAUUAUAGAGGUGUAGACGGGGUCCCGGAUCACACUCAGCAUAUGGUCAUGUUCUGAACUAAAGUGGGAUCUCAGUGUGCAUGUACACGCGUCACCGUGGAGCCAGUGUUUCACAACAAUAACCCCAAAUUAUUGACAAUUUAUCCUUAAAGUGAGAACAGUUCUGGUGAGACACGUGUUGAGUGUUUCAGUGAGUCUCAGCUGGUUCUGUUAUGUUGACGAGGAACGUUCAACUUGAAGCAUCAACACAGUUAAAGUCUGUGUUGGAAAUCAACAGAAAUCAGCUUCUUGUUGAGCAGCUGAGCUUCUUCUGACUCACUGGAGCUUCUUACAUCACAGUCUGCAGGUCCUCUUUGACUCUCAGCUCUGCAGGGUUUGGUGUUUGGAUAAAGAGUCUGCAGACUCAUCGGACACGUUUAAGCUCUUUCAUGCAACUCGUACAGUUGUGGAGCUGAACGUCCUCCUGCUCUCACAUCUUCUACCCGAUCAGAGGAGAGGAAACACCUGGUCCUCUCUUCUAGUCUCACUGCUAACAUCUGCUUCACUUCAUGAUCCAAUCAGGACUUGUAUUAUUCAGAGCAGCAGGAACAUGCAACAAACCUGCAGAUGAAUACAAAUACAACUCGUCCCAACGUGCUUUAGUGGGAAGUUGAGGCUCUUUAAUCAGAAUAUAAAGAUGAGCUGUCAUGAAGGAUUAUUUGUGCUUUCAAUGUGACGAAAUGCAUGAGUGGUAUGAACGAGAUAAUAACGCCAUUGUUUGUGUGCAGCAGCUGUGUGUCAUCACCCGCUCAGCUUGAGGCUGGUUGAAGAUGAAGAAUCCCUUUAAACGAAUGUUUCAGUCAAAAUCAGGAAACGCUACGAAGGUGCUCCGUGUUAAACGUGCAGUCGGAAAGAAGACGUCACACGCUUUUUAUUUCUCAAGGAUGAAAUCACAUCAAACAAAAAGAAGAACAUCACAACAUGAGGGUAGCUGGUAGUUGUCGUCGUUCAUUCUCGUCGUGUUGGACACAUUUCUGCACCAGAAGGGACCAAAAUUAAGUUUUGUAGUUUUUCAUAUCAUCAGAGCAGCUGAACCGACUGAUGACACGCGAUGAAUAAAAGUCUUUUCUAGACCGGCUGGUCGUCACGUCUUUAAUCUUUCUGUUUGAUAUUCAGUGAAGAGGACGACACGACUUCAUAUCACUUAUUUUAAGCUUCAAACUGCCAAAAAUGAUGAAGAAGUUAAUUUACAGUCGAUCACAUGACUGAUGAUCAGUGAGCUGCAUAUCAACCAUUUCUGUUCUAUUCUCUCAUGCGACAGAAUUCUGCGACAGAAGCAGAGUUUCUCAGCGUCCACAGGACGCUCUGAGAACCUGAUGUUGGAUAUUUAUAUUUAUUUAAAUCAACGUUGAUUGUAGAGCUUCAGAGAUCUGUGGGUUUCAUCGUUUCAUCACUUUAGAUAUAAGAUAUUCAAACGUUAAAGUAAAUGUUCACAUCCUUAUCUCAAUCAAGUCUGUUGAUUUGUUGAGCAAAAGGGAAGUUUAUUUUGAAAAAGUAUGAAUGAUUACGUCUGUAAUUAUGUAAAAGUAUCCAAAAGUUGCUGCUUUAGGAAACUGAAUGCUACGAUGUAUUAAAUCCAAACGCUUAUUUGUUUGUUUGGACUGUAAACUGCUUCAACUUUUAUCAUUUAAUAUUGACAUUAUAUUUUUAUUAUUAAAAGCCUAACUGAUCAAUUUGGUAAUUUAAAGUUUAUUGGCAAAGAAGCAAAUGCAAAUUAAUUUGUUGAACAAAUUGAAGGUUUUUAAAAAGUGCUUUAUAUUUAAACUUUAAAAUAAUUGUAGCUUUAAGAGCAACACGUUCUCACUCUCAACUCGUCACAUGAUGCUCCUACGCUUCCCUCUACGGUCGGUUAUGCACGAGUCAAGAUGUCUCAGAUUUUUACACAAAUGGCGUCUUUUCAAAAUAAAAUCCAAUGUAGGUUUACUCACAAAACACACUACCCGGUUUAAAAAAAAGAUUCCGGUUUGAGAAGUGAGCCGGUUGUUAAGAAAAUUCUGGACUAAUCGGUCGUAAAAUAAGUCCAAUUAAUUACAGUUUUACUCAGAUUUUGGGACCUGAAAGUGAAUAAUUGAGCUUGAAAGUUAAAAGGUGAAUAAAUACAACAGAAUAAAAGUUUACUUCACAGAUAAGUUACGUUAUGUUAUGUUAAGUAACAUUACGCUACAUUUAAGUUAUGUUAAAUAACAUUACGCUA